AUGAGUUCUACUGAAAUAUUUGUAUAUAUGAUUUAUAUUGAGUCAUUUGACUUCAAGCUCGCGCUCUGUGGUCUGGCUCUCGGCUAUGCCUAUCCGCCACCAUUUGGUGGUUAUAUUUAUAACAAGCCAGCACAGCAGCCGGCUUUGCUGGCGAAUAGCUCUGCACCGCCUGGCGCCCAAGCGGAUUACAUCGAUGAUCUAAUCGAGCAGCAAAAGCUACAAAUCUUGUCAAACGUUCUAGGCUCCACCCCCCCAGCCUCAGCUGCUGCUCCAUCCAGCGAACCUGCCAGCCUCUUGCCAUUUGACAGCGAUGCAAAGGGCUUUCGUGUCAAUCGUUGCGCCAAUUGCUCCUGUGGCGUGCCCAAUGCCGAUCGCAUUGUGGGCGGCACUCAGGUGCAAUCCAACAAAUAUCCAUGGAUAGCUCAGAUGCUACUCGGCUCAGUUCUCUUUUGCGGCGGCACUUUGAUCAAUGAUCGCUAUGUGCUGACCGCUGCGCAUUGUGUUAUUGACAUGGACAUGUCGGCUGUGUCGGUGCGUCUGCUCCAACUGAAUCGCAGCUCUGCGAAUCAGGGCAUAACGCGCGGAGUGGUUUUUGCGCAUGCCCAUGCGGGUUAUAAUCCGUCUACUCUGGUACAUGACAUUGCGCUGCUACGUCUGGAUGAGCCCGUGCCGCUGGUGAAAGGGAUGCGUCCCGUGUGCCUGCCCAGCACUCAAUUUCAGACCUUUGACUACCAAAAGGCAAUUGUUGCCGGCUGGGGACUGAGCUAUGAGGGCGGCACUACUUCGAACGUGCUGCAGGAGACCACUGUGCCCAUCAUCACGAAUGCUCAGUGUCGAGCCACCUCCUACAAGACGAUGAUCGUGGACACAAUGCUGUGUGCGGGCUUUGUGCAGACAGGUGGUCGGGAUGCCUGCCAGGGCGACAGUGGAGGUCCACUCAUAGUUCCGGAUCGCAUCUUCCGUUUAGCUGGCGUUGUUUCAUUUGGCUAUGGCUGUGCCAAUCCAAAUGCACCUGGGGUAUAUACAAGAGUCAGCAGAUAUUUGAAUUGGAUUGCCGCGAAUACCAGAGACUCCUGCUAUUGUAAUAAAUAA